GGCCGGGCGGGGCCUGCCCCGCGGGAUGGAGGCGCGGGGAGGCGGCGGCGGCGGGGGCGCGGGGCCCGCCUGCGGCUGCAAGGGGAUCCGCUCCUGCCUGCUCUGCGAGGGGCCCGCGCUGGCCGCUCCGCCCCCGCAGGAAAAGGGUAACUUCACUUACUGUCCAGCAGCAGGUUUAGCUGUAGGAAAUGAAUGCUCAGAGUUUGCUGGCUGGGCAUUUCCAUUUCCAGGAGUAUUCUUGCUGGAGGAGUUUAUAAAUCAAGACGAGGAAUCUGAGAUGGUUCAGCUGAUGGAUCAAGAUGACUGGAAACUAUCGCAGUCUGGCCGAAGGAAGCAGGACUAUGGGCCCAAAGUGAACUUUAAGAAAAAGAAGCUGAAAGCUGGUGGUUUCAUUGGCUUGCCCAGUUUUAGCCAGGAGAUUGUGCAGCGAAUGAAAGCUCAUUCUAUGCUAGAGGAUUUCUUUCCUGUUGAGCAAUGUAACCUGGACUAUCUACCUGAAAGAGGUUCUGCCAUUGACCCACACUUUGAUGACUGGUGGCUUUGGGGGGAGCGACUGGUUAGUUUAAACGUGCUCUCAAAAACUGUGUUGUCCAUGUCUUGUGAUUCAGAAGAGAGUCUCCAGUUAUUUGCCACUCACAGUCAGGGAAGUGGGGCAUCAAAUCACUCUGCCUCACCUCAAGCUUCUCAGAACCAUAAAUCAAACAACCUUUCUCCCACAUCAGCAUGUGAAAAUUUGGACAGCUGGGAUAUUGACCACUCAUCUCCCACAAGACUUAUUCCAUACAAAGAAGUUACUGUAGACAUUCUCUUACCUAGGAGAUCCCUGAUUGUGCUGUAUGGAGAUGCACGCUAUAAGUGGAAACACGCAAUUUACCGCAAGCACAUUGAGCAUCGCCGGAUCUGUGUGACCUUCAGGGAGCUGUCUGCAGAGUUCACUUUGGGAGGAAAGCAGGAAAAACUGGGUAAAGAGCUCCUGGAAAUAGCCCUGACAUUUCAAGGAAAACCAGUGUGAACAUCAGAGGGAGAAAACUGGAAUUAUGAGUUGUUUGGAUAUUUGAAAAUUAAAGUGUAAAAAUUCUGAAA